CCGCUCGUUAUGUCCAAGAGCCGCUGUUUGACGGAGGCACUGGUCGUUUCACCGUCUUUUCUGUUUAUAUCGUGAAUUUCACUCUGUUUACAAAACAUUGCGGGAACCAGCCGGUGUUUACAUCCAUACUCCGGGACGAACUUUUGGGCUAUAUUUUUUUCCUGGAUCACAAGCAAGCAAGAUUUUCUUCCCUCCGGAUGAGAGGAUCCCUACCGCAUUAUUGUCGCUGCAACGUGGACUUCUUCACGGGAGACGGGGGAGUCGCACUAUCGGAAUAAGAUUGCUCUUACAAACCCAGACUUAAAGAAAGAAAACGAAGAAACCAACACAACGUCGUUGACCUGUGGUGGAUAUUAUUAAGGAAUGCUGCUGUCCAAGCUCAAUUCUCUGGCCCACAUCUCCACCGUAGACAUGCCGGCGAAAAUCCAGCUCCAAGUUCACCAAGUGAAGGAGAAGGAGCCUUUCGAGAAGCUCUAUCAGGUCGGCGCGGUGUUGGGCAGCGGCGGCUUCGGUACCGUCUACUCCGGUACGAGGGUAGCCGACGGAGCUCCGGUUGCUGUCAAACAUGUGGCCAAGGACAGAGUCUCAGAGUGGGGAGAGCUGCCCAAUGGCUCGCGGGUCCCAAUGGAGAUAGUGCUGCUGAAGAAGGUCGGGACGGGCUUCCGCGGUGUUAUCAAAAUGCUGGACUGGUUCGAGCGACCGGACAGCUUCAUCAUCGUGAUGGAGAGGCCCGAAAACGUCAAGGACCUGUUCGACUUCAUCACGGAGAAAGGUGCCUUACCGGAGGAGCUGGCGCGGAGCUUUUUCCGCCAGGUGCUGGAGGCCGUACGGCACUGCCAUAACUGCGGCGUGGUGCACCGGGACAUCAAAGACGAGAACAUCCUCAUCGACCUCCGCACCGGGGAGAUGAAGCUCAUCGACUUUGGCUCUGGAGCCCUCCUCAAAGACACCAUAUACACAGACUUUGACGGCACAAGAGUGUACAGUCCGCCAGAGUGGAUCAAAUAUCACCGCUAUCACGGGCGCUCUGCCACAGUUUGGUCCCUGGGUGUCUUGCUGUACGACAUGGUGUGUGGGGAUAUCCCAUUUGAACACGAUGAGGAGAUCACAAGGGGGCAGGUCCUCUUCCGGAGGAGAAUCUCAUCAGAAUGCCAGCAGCUGAUCAAGUGGUGUCUGUCUCUGCGGCCGGCCGACCGCCCAUCCUUCGAGGACAUCAUCAACCACUCGUGGAUGCAGAGCACGUCCUCCUCAGUAGUCCCAUCCACAGUGCAGACAGAGAAGACAACUACAGAGAUCAGGCUGCACAGCAUCAGCCACGAGCCCACAGCUCGGUGAUGGAGGUUCGCUCCGGUACAAACUGGACUGCGCUGACUAUUACAAAAAUACUUUAUGUAACAGACUCGAAGCAGAAUGGAGGAGGGAGGGAAAGGGGCAGCGCACUGGCUGACGGCCCAGACGAAAGUAAGGUAAAGGACUGCACAGAGAGGAGGCCGACUUCACGAAAAGACCACCAACCUUUGGUUUCAACUCGGCAGGCCAGACCCUCUCCACCCUCACAACCCCAACUACUUGAUUUUCCCAGCCGUCGACCCACGUCAGCAUCGGAAUAUCAUCCUCGCUGGACUCUGACCCAGGCAACAGGUGUUUAUCAGUCUGUAGGAGGGCGCCCGCUGUUCUGCUGAACGCCAAGCGAACAGUCUGAGUUAUGUAACCUCUCGCCGCACUGUGCUCUCCCUCUGUUCUCUAGAGUGAGGAGAGCAGAGGCGCUGGUGAUGAAGAGCGUGGUUUUUUAAAAAAGUGCCUUCUGUUAGAUUGUUGGGGGACCCUGAAAAUACUUGAAUUUGUGAAAGCAAAAAGGCUCUUCUUCUCGAUGGCCUUUCUGCUCCUUACAAGGCUUUAUAUUGUUUAUUGCUGUGUGUUUUCCUCUCAUGGGCCUAGAUCAGUAAAGCCUAUGCCAUUUACAACCACUACUAUCACUACUCCAAUGUCAUUAGCAACCAGACAACCUCAUAGCUCCGGCAGCAACCUGUGCAAACAACAAAAAAACACUGGACUUACCUCACUCUCUUUUACUACAGCAUCCGCCUCCACUCUACAACCUCCGCUUCCUCCUCUUUUCCUGUUGUACCUGUGUACAAACACAAGGCUUGGGCGAAGCGCCUGUUCACAUCCACCUGAAUGCACACCACAAUGCAAACCUAACCAUACCGAGAUACAACAUCCUCUGCUCUUUUUUUUUUUUUUUUUAAUGUUCAAACAGUGCCUCACACAGGUCUUAAAAUUUGGUGGAGACAAGAAUUGUAAAUAAUAAUGAUAUUUAUUAUUGCUGUGACUUCUUUCUCACACUCAAUGAGCGCAGAAUUUAUUUAUUUAUUUAUGAGAGAAUUACGGCUGUACGCGUGUAUUUCAUUCCACAGUCACUGAAGGGCCCACGGAUUAUUUAAAAGAAACAAAGAUGAGAAGAUUUUUUUUACCAUAUUUAUGGCUUGAAAUUUUAAAAGAGCAGAUGCCUGUGUGUAUGUUUGUGUAUGUAAUGUAAAUAACGUGUAAAUAGUCCUGAAAAGCACUUCCAUCUUAAUGUAUCUACACAUUGAACGUCUACUGAUGGUAACUGGUUUUGUUACGCUGUUGUCUGCUGUGGGAGCAAGUGAAUGUUUGUGUGAGUGUACGAAUGUAUUUGUGUGUGUGUGUGAGAGAGAGAGAGAGAGAGAGAGAAAGAUGCGAGAAAGAGAAAAACGUCUGGUGUAAUGAUUGCAGCUUGGAUUGUUUUUUCAUCCGUUCAAAUUAGAAUUGUAAAUUAUGUUAGAAACUAUUUUUAUACGAUUUCAAUAAAUAUUUUUUUAAACUAUGA